CGAGUCGGGCCGGGCAGCAGAACCCCCCCGCCAGGCUGUACCUGCCGUACGGCGCGCACUUCCGCCUCUGACGAAGCAGGUAGGCCACGCCCCCCACGAUCAGAACCCAGCUCAGGUACGAGACGGCGACAUCAUGGCACUCCAUCAGCUCGCUGCUGAUCGGCUCAACUCGGCUGUUUCCGGACACGCGGCUGCUCGCUCGGAUUCUCUGUUAAAAUCUUUUUAUGAUUCACUCCUCCUCCUGACGUCACUCAUUACAGAUCACGCAGACGCAGACCAGUCCAUGGAGACACACACUCCUGUCUCUGAAAACCCUCACACAGAGUACGGACUGACAGAGAACAUCCAGAGGACGGUGGAGAACGAGAAGGCGAGUGCAGAGAAGAUGUCGAAGCAGAAAGUGGACCUGCAGGCGCUGCCCACCAGAGCGUACCUGGACCAAACUGUGGUCCCCAUCCUGCUGCAGGGCCUGUCGGUGCUCGCCAAGGACAGACCUCCGAACCCGAUCGAGUAUCUGGCUGCGUUCCUGCUGAAGAACAAAUCUCAGUUUGAGGAGAGAAGUUAAACUCUGAGCAGCUGAAGAAACUUGUUUGUUUGUUUGUUUGUGAACUUUAGACUGUUGUUUUUUUUUAUUGAGAAUAAACGUUAAAGUGAAAGAGA